AGUAGAUAAUUAUUUAUAUAACUAAAUUAGAACUGAUCAGAUUUUACUGUGUCAACAUGUUCCGACUGUUAGUCUUCGUUUGUGUAUUCAUACUUGUUAAUGGAGAACCGUCUACAAACGUGAAUCCAUGUAAUCAAAAUUUAGGUGAAUUACCUCUCCAUAUAUAUAUACAGGACUGCAUUGAACCACCCUGCCGAGUGGUGACUGGUGGGGAUGUGGUGGUCAACGUUAUCUUUAAAGUUCCUCGUACAACUCGCAGCAUGACGACCAAAGCAAUAGCCUUGUCAUUCAUAGAAUAUGAUCUUAAAGAGUAUGCAUUAACAUGCAAUUUUCUUCGGAACGCAUAUUGCCCAGUUUUCAAAGAUGAAGUAGUUGAAUAUACUCUGCGUAUGCACGUAGAGUCGUGGUUUCCUGCUGCCCCAUCUAUCCCCAUAGUGUUUCGAGUUGUAGACGAAAAAGACGACCCUAUUUGGUGUAUCAGCACUACGAUCGAAGUGAUAAGACCGUCAAAAACCAUAAAUAAGGAGACAUUGAUAAAUUAAAAACUUUAAAAUUUUAUAACAUCGUAAAACAAAAAAAGAAAUACUUUUUAUAAUGUAUGUAAUAUAAGGUUUAAUAUGACCAAGCGAACUAAUUUAUGAUUCUCAUCUCUCUUAUAUGUUUCUAUAACAGCAAUUUAUGUCCAAAUUCAAAUCGUAAAAUUUACUUAAAUAAUAAUAAACUUUCACCACACGAUAAUCAAUUAUCGGAUUUACAUUUCACACCUGCGCUAUGCGUCAAUAAUAAUUAAUGUUAAUUUGAUUAAUAACAAUACAGAUAAUUCAAAAAUGUAUGAACAAUAAACGCUAAAAUUUCACG